UGUUCGUUUGACGAAUAACGAAAGGAACACUUCGGUUGCGAGAAAUUGGGUCAAAAUCAAACCACUGCUUUGCUUCGGGAGGUUGGAUUGAGCAAAAACCAACCACUUUCACUUUCGCAGAAAUUAAGAGCAUAUCCGUAAAAUGGGUGUAAUUAAACGCUCAAAGUUCCUUCACAUAUCGCCUUUAGAGACUGGACCAGUUUUACCUGAAAAUGAUUCGCUGCCAGAUUUGGCACCGCCAGAGAAUCCCACACCUGCUGAAACUCUAACCCAACAAACUCAACAUCAGCUUCCACCAGUCAGGGCUUCCAGACCAACAUCGUGUUUUCCUAAACAUUUGGUGGGAAAAAGCCGUCCCAGUCGCAAAUCAGAUAAUGGACAAGAGAAGUUUCCAAAAGGACAGAAAAAGAGAAGACGUUAUGAAAACAAUAAAUUCUUGCUCAACUUGGCUGAGUCGGAUGAAGACAAAAGGGCUGAACCAGGGUUUACUGAACCUCACUCAGUAUUUACCAUUUUACUGCAGGAGCCAGAAAAAAUGGGGGCCUGGAAUUCUUUUUUAAACCUUAGCGAAGAUGAUCAGUUGGCAAUUAUUGCCAAUAAUGAAAUAUUUGCUUAUUUCAACAAUGAGCCCAUCCUGGAUCAGGUGCCGUUGGCCGCCGUCGAAAAGAUUGUCAGCUACCGUGAAAGACGCAGAAACAUGACUGCUGAAGAGGCCUUCUGUACUUUGUGUCCUAAAUUGAAAUCUAUUUUCACUAAACGUCAUUUCCCUAUGGGAAUGUUAGCACAAUUGGAGAAUGAAGUUCUUGAUUUUUUCAUGGACGCUCCUCAAGGAACAUGCAUUAUCGAAAGGCAGUGCAGUUUUGAUCGACUCAUGCUCCACGCUGUUACGCGGUUCAACUUCCUCUGUUCGCAAAGUUUUACAUCUGAAACCAAUCGUCGAAUGACACAUAUUCGGAAUAUUUGUCCGGAUUUCAUCCCACCUCCCAUUUCCCUAUCCGAGUACAUCCGAAAGAAGCGCUGCUAGUCUAUUGGUAGACAAGGCACGCAGUGGUCACAGGAAAUACGUUUUCAGAUGCAAACAUUGACCUUAUUUUAAAAUCCCUACGCGUACAAUGUUUUCCUCAGUUGAUAGACCUCCCACCUUUAUUUUUCGUUACUGGGUUUUCGUUUUUCAGAAAUCAGUUUUACCGUAAUUUAUGUUGAUUUAAAAGUAACAUUACUUUGGGUCGUUUUUGGUUUGCACUUUAAAGUUAGGGUUCAUUGACCAUGGGAAGUGGCAAUAGUUUUAUGUGUCACCAUUCAUAUUUUCUUUCUUUUUUUUUUUUUUUUUUUGUUUAGAGAGAAAUCUUGUUUACUUUGUUUAAUAGUAAUGUUCAACACCAAUAAGGAGGUCUUAAGAAAAUAGAAAUUUCAAACGUAUUGGUGGUCGGGUACGUUUUCCUUUUCCACAUUUUUAUUAAUAACAAUUCAGUUUUUAAGGUAAAGAUUUGAAUAAAUAAUUGACCGGCUUUUCGAAAGCUGGGCAAAGAAAGAAGUCACGGCAAUUUGGCGAAAGAAACAUCCGAUCACUUGGAGUUGCUUGUUCUUCUAAAAACAUGUUAGUACUUCCACGCCGAACAUUUGAAACUGGUACAUUGCGCUUUGUCAGCGCCGUAAGUUGCUGCUUUUUGGAAAAUGGCCAUAUUGUUCUGCAUCGUAUCUGGCACAAGCGCCGACAAGAACCUGGA